ACCAAUAAAAUUUUAAUUAGCGAACAAAAGGGAGGCAAAAACAACUGUUUCCUCUCAGAUCCUGCUCCUUCACGUUUCCUCUCAGUCUCAGUUACUACAGGUAUCGUCAUGGGAUCAAAUGAUAGCAAAGCUGAGGUUGAAAGUCUUCUCCGAGUUUUGCCACCAGUUGACUUCUGCUUUCUCUACGGCUCCGCUCUUCAUCCCAACAACCAUGACAGGUCUAAAUCGAUAGACUUUAUUCUUGGCGUGUCAAAGCCCCUGGAAUGGCAUGCUCAGAAUCUCCUACUGAACAGAGGUCACUAUGUUUCAUCAAUUAUGCGCCUUUUUGGGCCGCAACUGAUUACAGGAGUUGCUAAUGGAAUCGGUGCGGGAGUGCAUUUCAACCCUUAUGUUAAUUGGGGUGACAAGAUGUUCAAGUAUGGAGUUGUUCGACUGCACGACUUAAUUAAGGACAUACUCCACUGGGAAAGAUUCUACUUGAGCGGUCGAUUACAGAAGCCGGUUCAUAUACUGGUGGACACUUUGGACCUUGAGGAUGUCAACUCAGUUAAUCUGAGGGCUGCAGUUUCUGCUGCACUUCUUCUUCUGCCAACGAAGUUCUCUGAGGAAGAUCUUUAUGCCAAAAUAUGCAGCCUUUCAUAUACGGGUGACUUGCGUAUGCUUUUUGCUGAGGACAAAUACAAGGUGAAGAAGAUCGUACGGGGACAGUUUGAUUCAUUCCAGUCAAUGUACAAACCGUUUCUUGAGGAGUACGAGGGUAAGGAGUUGCUGAGAUUUUCAUCAUCUUCAAAUCACGAAGAGAAGAUAAUAUCUCAGGACUCCAGCUUGUCAGCAGCUCGUGCUCUCGUAUCUUCUCUUCCUCAAACAAUAAGAAGCCAAAUGGCGACGAAACUAGGAGCCAUAGGUGGAGACGUGUGCGAACUUGCAAUUCGCUCAAGAGAAGAGGGUGCGAAAUGCAUGCAGAACAUUCUGAGACGGAAAGUUAUGGUUUCAAGUGCAAGACAGGCUGUGUCUGGUCUACUGGCUGUUGGAGCUGUUAAUGGAAUGAGAUAUGUUGGUAGGAAAAUUAGAAAAGCUUGGGAAUCAUAGACUUGAAAUGAUAUUAGGCUUUCUUUCCCGACGAUUCUCAAACACAAAUUAGAUGUAACAUGAGAAAAGCAUGAUUGACCACCAUUACUCCUGCUCAAGGUGGGAGUAAUCCCCUCUGUAAAUCAACUUCAUGGACUGUUGCUCUUGAUUUUAUAGUCCUAAAAUGAGACUUUGCCUUGAGCAUAACCAUGCACUAAUAAUUACUCAAUAUUAUUUAU